AUCGGCCGUGAAAAGUUUUCAAUACAACAAAAUUAGAGCAAUAAAAUAAAAAUGACGUGUCCCUCCUAUUUUCUUAACUUUAAUUUAUUCUUAUUCAUAAUAAAUUCGCAGCUUCUCCCUCUCUUCUCUUUCUCUGCCUUCUUUUCUAUUCACAUUUUCCAUUUCUCUCUCUUUAGGUUUCGUUUCCUUUACUUCAAAAUUAGAAAACUCAAGCUUCUUCGAUUGAUAGUGAUGAUGAUGGUGGUGAACAUGAUGAGUUGAUGACAAUGCAAACGUUGAUAAAUGAUGGAAAAGUCGAAAUUAACUAGUUUUAAGUGUUUUUCAAAAGGAGAUUGUCUACUACAUACCAAUAUUCCCUAAAGAAAUGCAGUUUUUCUUACAUUUGAAGCAUAUGGGUUGAAAAGGUUUGAUAAUUUAGAUUUUGGAGCAUUAUGGCUAUUGCUGGUCUACACAAUGUUUCUGUGCUUGAAAAUUCCUUCCUAAGGGAGUCUCAGUCACAAACAUCAAGAAGGCGGGAAAAUGGUAGGACCCGGGCAUCCUCUCUCCUGCAGAUGUGGCGGGAGCUUGAGGAUGAGCAUGUGGUGAGUCAUGCUCAAGAGAGUGCUAGUGAAAGAAUGCUCCAUACAAGGAGUGAUGACCUCUCGGUGACUGAUCUUUCUGAUAGCCGAAAUAGUGAACAUAGUGGUGUUUCAGAUGAUGCGAGUGUGAGUGAGAAUGAGUUUGGACAGUGGUUGCCAGAUCGAUUUGGGUUGCAGAGUAGGAAUGGAGAUUCAAGUAAUCUUAGUUGUGAACAUUCAUCUGAUUUGGGGGAAGUUGAAAGGGAAAGGGUAAGGCAAAUUUUUCGGGAGUGGAUGAACAGUGGUGGCAGGGAUCGUACAUCUAAUGUUUCUUGUAGAAACAACAGUUCAAGAGCCCAGUGGCUUGGUGAAACUGAGCAAGAAAGGGUCAGAAUUAUAAGGGAGUGGAUGCAAAUGAAUAGCCAGCAGAGAGGUGCUUGUGUUGACAGUAGAGAAGACCAAGCUGCUGAUGUUGGUGCUCAAAUUGAUCGAGUUCUUGAUGGAUUGGUGAUUAAUCAGAAUGAAGGCCGAACUGAGCUUGUCCGUAGGGGCAUUCGUAAAUUAUGUGGCCGGCAGGCUUUGCUUGAUAUGCUUAAAAAGACUGAGAGAGAAAGGCAAACUGAGCUCCAGGGGUUGUUGGAGCAUCGAGCUGUAUCAAAUUUUGCCCAUCGCAACCGUAUUCAGUCAUUGCUGAGAGGUAGAUUCCUGAGAAAUGACAGAAUGGGUGAGGGUAACAGAUCUACCUCUAUUGCAGCCAGCGAAUUAGGCUUAUUAAGACAAAAGCAAACUGUAUCUGGUCUAAGGGAAGGGUUUUUCUCCAGACUGGAUAAUUCUGGUUCUGGUCCUGCUAGCAGUAAUCAUUCCGAUACAUCAUCUAAUGCUGAUACUAAUGCUAAUAGAAAUGAGCAAAACCAAGUAAAUAACUCUGAACAUGAGAAUGAGCAAACAGACAACCAAAUGUUUUUGCAUGGUAUAACUGAUUUAGGGGAUGAUGUUGAAGAUGUACGUUGGCAGGAACCCUCUGCUCGGGUAGAAGAGUGGCGGGAACGAAUUUGUGGGAGUGUUGCUAGAGAGUGGCAGUGGUCUUUCAGUGAUGAGUCUAAUGAGAGCAGGGAAGCUAUUGGAGAAAUCUUGGAUGGGGACUGGCAAGAAAAUCUUGCCAAUGAAUCGUCCCUUGAAACUUUGCCGAAUGAAGCUGGAGAACAUUCUAACCUACAAGAAGCUGAUGAAACAUCUUAUGAACAUUCUCCCCAAAAUGACAGAGAAAAUUUGGAAGGCAAUCCAGCUGUACAGAUUGAUGGGCAAGAAUCUGCUUCUCUAGUUGAACUAUGGCAGGAAGAGGAUCAAGAAACUGCAGAAGCAGACUGGCAGGAAGCUGGCGUUGAGUAUAAUGAGUCCAUGGAUGGUAAUGAAGAAGCCUCUGAGAGGCACCAUGAAGAUGGAGGCUUGCGCGGGACUGCACAGGAUUGGAUGGAAGGGUCUUACAAUCAAGAACCUGUUACUAUCAGAAGAACAGAUACAUUUUAUUUUCCUGAUGAUGAUAAUGUACACAGCAUGGAACUGAGGGAACUGUUAAGCAGGAGAAGUGUGUCUACUCUUCUUCGUAGUGGUUUCCGUGAGAGUCUUGACCAGUUGAUACAAUCAUAUGUGGAAAGGCAAAAUCAUGCUCCUGUUGACUGGGAGUUGGAAGGAACAUCUCCGUCUCCUGCAUCUCUUGAGCAAGACCUAGAACAGCAAAGUGGGGAUCAGAAUGAUGGCCACGGGGAUGCUGAGACUCCUCCACUCACCCUUCCUUCACCCAGGAUGCCGCCUAUGCAACCACUCUGGGAUCAGGAUUCACACCAUUAUAAUUGGGCAUCACAUGCUGUGCAUCAACGCUUUGGCAUUGAGUGGGAGGUCAUUAACGAUUUGAGGAUUGACAUGGCUAGGAUGCAACAAAGGAUGAAUAAUAUGCAGAGGAUGCUGGAGGCUUGUAUGGAUAUGCAACUUGAGAUACAGCGGUCAAUAAGACAAGAAGUUUCUGCUGCCCUUAACCGUUCAGCUGGUUCACAAGGGGUGAUUGACGACAACUUGCCGAAGGAUGCUUCUAACUGGGACAAUGUCAGGAAAGGCAUCUGUUGUAUAUGCUGUGAAGGCAACAUUGAUUCAUUGCUGUACAGAUGUGGGCACAUGUGCACGUGCUCAAAAUGUGCCAAUGAGCUGGUCCAUGUUGGAGGAAAAUGUCCAAUGUGUCGGGCACCGGUAGUUGAGGUCAUUCGUGCCUACUCAAUCCUUUAAUAUGAAGAGUAUUUAUAUAAAAAGAACAGAAGGAAAACAGAAACCCAGAAUACGAUUUUAUAUAAAAUUUUCAUCAGUUCUUUUUCUUAAAAAAAAAUUCUGGAUCACUCCAAGUAUCCCAUUUUCCAUAUCUCUCAUUUAUUUAAUUUAACCCUUUCUUGGGUCCCUUCCCCUGUCGUGAUUUGAGUACAUAAAUUGAGUGUAUGGUUGAAACGGAAAGUGUCAUAUAUUUACUAAUCCUUAUAAACUUUCGAGUGUAAAAAUCAUUAAUUAUAAUUGAUGCAAGGAUUGAUGGAUUGUAUUUUACUUUGGAGGAUAUAAGAUCAUAUUCACCGUUUUCGUUUUUCCUUAAUGAAA